AUGGAGACGUCUCCCGUCCUUAAUGGCAUAUUAGUGGGAUGGUUCCUUGCGCUCUGGGUUUGUGCUCGUCUGAUUGAUGUCAGUGUUCCGGUGACGUCCAAUUCUGCCUCGAGAUUAAGUAACCCGGGACCAUAUUGUUCGCAUUCCGCGAAUGCCGAUAACCAGUGGCAAGAAGUUGAAGGGGAUCACAGGACAACGUUUGUUCUCCGCGACAAAAUUGACGCUGUGCUGACGAGUUCGAGGGAUCUAAGGACGAUAGCGCGCUGGUUCGUGCAACAAAUUCGAAUGGACCAUUUAAUUGCAGAUGUACUGUCUUGUGAGCAUGUCUGGUUGACCAUCUUUGGAGUUUCUGUUGCGGGUGCUAUAGCGCAUUUACUUAUGUUCAACCCAUUUAUUACCAUGGAGAGUGCACCUACGGAAUACCUAACGGAAAUGAAGCGUGCUGAAACCACGUACAUUCAGGAAAUGAUGAGGCAGCCGUCUUUCUACGAGUGGACGUAUCGUGUAACAGAUGCCACAAUAUUCGCGGUAUGGUUCACAUUGGUUUGGUCUGUGUCUUCGCUAACGAUAUCGGCGAACCAGCGAUUUGAAAUGAUCGCCAAAUUUAUUUCGAAAACACUGGAUGAAGGUGAAGAUAGUAAGAAAUUGUCUACGCCUUCCAAGCAGGAAGAGAUUGAUAAUGAACAGUCCGAAGAGGAUCCUCAUGACGUGCGGUUGUUGAUGAAACGCUUGAUUCUGGUGCUAAUGGCGUGCUUUCUCACUGCAACCGCAAUGACAUCUUUCGGUUUGACGUCAUUCAAAGCCAUGCAUAUUUUAUACGCACUGAUAUUUACCGUUGAGGGUUUAGAAGUUCUAGUACGCAGUGCUUACGUCACUUAUCGUGUUGCUUGGUGGCAACUGAUGGCAUAUGCAGCGCUUGGCAAUAGUGAAGCUUUUCGCAAAAGGGCCUACGGCGCCAGACGAAUUGCUGACGUUCUGUUUGAUACUCUGUCAGUAGUGCAGUAUGUACUGUAUUUGAGUGUUGACAAUCCAUUUAGUUGUUCUCUGAACCAGUCGUUGAAAACUCCCAUAUUUCUCACACAUGAAGUGGUUCGCUUUGAGGAACUCAUUUCACAAAUCCAUAGUGGAACAAAUGUGGCCGCACUUUCCCCUCUUUAUGGCGAACGAGAAGCAUUUUUUAAAGAGCAGAAGUUGUCCGAAAUUGGCUACUAUCAUAUUCUGUACCAUAGUUAG